AACAUUUUUUUCCUGCAUCAAAUGUAAGGUACACCGGGGUAAGUGUAAAUACGGGGCAAGUGUAACCUAUGCCAAUUUGUGGUCUUAAAUUCUAUCAUAAUGGCGCCAUCUAUGGCCAAGUAGGUUUAUUAUGAUACCGGCUAAGCAUCGCAAUAGAUGUCUUGCGCGCUAGCAAAACGAACGCUUCAUCACAUUUCGUUACUUAGUGUGUUUGCAUUUACAGUUGACGACGUAGUUCUGUAGUCUCUUAUAAAAAUCUCUUUGUAUUAAAACUUUGACGACUUUUCAUCGUAAUUUCUGGUAAGCACUCCAUUAAAGGUAUUAUCUAUUAGUAAAUAAACUUAUCUUUUCUGAAUUUUAAAGAAUUUAUUUUAAAUGUUGUGGUUUACACUUGCCCCAAAAAAAACUCCCUUGGGGCAAGUAUGAAAUAUGGUAGGUUACACUUGCCCCAAUAAUUCUAUUACGUUUACACUUUCCCGUUGUUUUCAGAACAUGGUCCGGAAUUACAUACGUAAGAAAGCUCCUCCAGCCUAUAGCAAAAACGAUUUGAAAGAGGCAGUACAAGCUGUGCAAAGAGGUACUCUAACAUUAUAUAGAGCUGCAUUAUUGUACAAAAUACCCAAAGCUACUUUAUUUACUCAUGUAAAGGGUAAACGGGGUUUAAAAAGUAAUACGGGGGGUAGGGCACCAGCUCUGCCUUAUGAUGUAGAACAAAAAUUUUCCAACAGUAUUAAAAUACUCGAAAAAUGGGGUAUGGGACUAUCAAAGAGAGAAGUUCUUCAACUAAUUGGGCGGUAUGUGAAAGAAAAUAAUAUAGUAACCCCUUUCAAGAAUGGAGUUCCUGGCAAUGAUUAUUUCGUCAGAUUCACGAAAGCAUUUCAUUUAAGCCAGAAAAAACCGCAAUCUGUGGAAGUGGCUCGAAAGAGGUCUAUGGAUCCAUUUGUUAUGUAUGAUUACUUCAAUAUCCUCAAACAGCAUAUUGAAAAUAUCCCAGCAUCGCAAAUUUAUAAUAUUGAUGAAACCGGUUUCUGCCUGGAUCCAUCCCGGAUAAAAGUUGGAGAGAAGGGUAGAGCAGCCCAUAGGACAACAAGUGGUCCAGGACGAGAGAAUAUAACAGUUCUCCUUGGGGGAAACGCUGCAGGUGAAAAACUUCCUUCACUCGUAGUGUUCAAGGGUAAACACAUAUGGAAUAGUUGGAUUCCAACUGAGGAAUACCCGGGAAUGACUUAUUCAGCCACUAAAAAUGGGUGGAUGGAAACGGAAACCUUUCAAAAAUAUUUUGAAAACAAUUUUUUACCAAAUAUUGGCAAAGACAGACCUACUGUAUUAAUUUAUGAUGGUCACACGUCUCACAUUAGUAUUUCUUUGAUAGAAAAGGCAAUAGCUAAUGAUGUGAUAAUAGUGAAACUUCCGCCUCAUUCCAGCCAUCUGCUACAACCUAUGGAUUUAUGUGUUUUUAAGUCAUCAAAAAUGGCAUGGGAUGCAGAGCUCAUAAAAUGGCAGAGACAAAACUAUGGUACGAAACUACCAAAACCUUUGUUUUGUACCAUUUUAUCAAAAAUCUGGUCACAAGUAAACCCUUCGUUACUUAUCGAAGGAUUUGAGAAAGGGGGGAUAUAUCCUUUUAAUAAUGAGGUCAUUCCCGUUGAACAUUACGAUCCAGAAGCAUAUAAAAGGUGGUGUGAUUCAAACUGCAAAAAUAACAAUCCGGAAGAAGCACAAGUAGCGCAACCAAAUUUACGAUCAACAUUAGAAGAGCGUUUUAAUUUGCCAUCCACUUCAACAGUACCACCAAUAACUCCGCAGACAUCGUCAGUAAAUUCAAUAAAUCCGCAAAUGCCAUCGACCAGUUCAGAACACCAGAAUCCGCCAGUUAACAACACAAAAAGUUUUGAGGGCAUUCUCUUAGAACAGCUAAAACAGAUGCCAAAACCAGCGAAAUCGAUCAGAAAGAGAGUAUGUAUAGGUGCCGAAGUUAUUACAUCCUUGGAAGCAGUUGCUAAAUUGAACGAGAAAGCAAACAAAAUUAAAAAACCAGAGAAGUCGACAACUAAGAAAGAUGGUAAAAAAUUGAAAAGAAAGCAAGUAUACGAAGAAGACACAGAUGAAGAUAGUUUUGAAGAAAUGGAAGUCAAUACUUCAGAUGAUGAUUUUGACUUAGACGAUGAAGUAAAUGAUUUGCGUGAAGAAGAAGAAUUCGUGAAAUACAUGGAGAAAGAUCCUCAAGAACUGAAAAUAGGGGACUGGAUUCUAGUAAAAUUUGCUACUAAAAAAUCAUUUAAAUUUUAUGUAGGGCAAGUAACAGAAGUAGAGCCAUGUUUAGAAGCAAAAUUUGCAAGACGCUCGGCAUCUUCAUCACAAUUUCAUUGGCCAGAUACUCCAGAUGUCUCAGUUAUAAGAAGAGAUGAAAUACAACACUGUUUGCCUGCCCCAGAUAUUCACAGAAGAGGACACUUCCAUUUCAACAUCACAUUUGAGCAAAAUAUAUCCUAAGUGAUUUUUCCUAGUAAAAAAAUCUGAUUAUAUUUAGUCUCUUCUUUUAUUUACACUAGCCCCAAUCAAGUCUCAACACUUUUGUAGUAAUUCAGACAGCGUAUUUACACUUGCCCCAAUUUGCUGGGGAAGUGUAAACCAUUAUUCUAACAUGAAAAAAAUAAUGUCUAGAAAAAAAUCUAUACUGAUUUUGUUUUGUGUUUGUAGAUUUCGUUUCUACAUAUACUUAAGACUAUACUCUCAAAAUUUCAGUGAAUAUCAUAAUUAAAAAUAGGAAAUACAACGCGAAAAAGUUGAACUAUUGAAAUUUUGGGUCACACUUGCCCCGGUGUACCUUAAUAAAAGGAACUGUUUUGGUGAAUUUCAUAUUUAAGAUGAUUGAC